AUUUUCUUCAAACCAAAGCAAGGGUACAAACAAGUUCAGGCAACUUUCUUGGAGAGAACUUGAGAUCUUAUCAGUUCUGCAGAAGAAGGGAAAUUCUCCUUUAUUGACGGAUGCUUCUCGGCUGCUGUUUACUGAUUGUUUGCUUCAGCAACCCAGACACCAUUUAAGUUGCCUACACUCCAGAGCCUCUUGAUAUGAACAUGGCUGACUCUCAGGACAACGGUCUGAGGAUUGUUCUGGUAGGGAAAACUGGAAGUGGGAAAAGUGCAACAGCGAACACCAUCCUUGGGGCAGAAGUAUUUGCUUCUAAAAUUUCUGCCCACGCUGUUACCAAGACCUGUCAAAAAGCAUCCCGGGAAUGGAAGGGGAGGGACCUUCUUGUUGUUGACACCCCAGGGCUCUUUGACACGAGGAAGAGCCUGGAGACGACCUGUGAGGAAAUCAGCAAGUGUGUCCUCUCCUCCUGCCCCGGGCCUCACGCCAUCGUAGUGGUUCUGCAGCUGGGCCGCUACACAGAGGAAGAGCAGAAAACCGUUGCAUUGAUCAAGGCUCUCUUUGGGAAGGCAGCCAUGAAGCACAUGAUCAUCUUGUUCACUCGCAAAGAUAGUUUGGAGGAUCAGAGCCUAAGUGACUUUAUAGCAGCGGCGGAUGUGAAGCUAAGAAACAUCGUCCAGGAGUGUGGGAACCGCUGCUGCGCCUUCAACAACAGAGCAGAGGAAGCUGAGAAGGAAGCUCAAGUGCAGGAGCUGGUGGAGCUGAUGGAGAAAAUGGUGCAGAACAACGGAGGGGCUCACUUUUCUGAUGCCAUCUACAAGGACGCAGAGGAAAGGCUGAAACGACGGGCAGAGAUCCUGAAGAAAAUCUACGCUGAUCAAUUAGAAAAGGAAAUUCAAAGAGUGGAAGAGGAGUGUGCUCAGGCGUGCAGGAAGACCAUGCAGGAAAAAGAGGAAAAAAUUAAAUUACUGAAGAUGAAAUAUGAUGAAAAACUAAGAAGUGUAAGGGAGGAGGCCGAGAAGAAUAUCUUCAGCCAAAUUUUUGAUGGAAUUAUGAAGUUGCUUUUAAAAGUAUAUCAUUUGUUCAAGAAGCCAUAAUUUUUUCUCAAUUUACCAUGAUUCGUUCAGCAUCUCUCCAGCUCACUCCCUACUAUUUUCCAGGCCUGCCCUUCCCCAUAAAUACCAACAAAUUUAAGAAACUGCAAAAUUGCUAUGCUUGAGCAGUAAUUCAUUGUACAUGGUUUAAAGACUCUAAUACGAGGAAUUUCAAGACCAAAAUGCAUCCUCUAUUGAGUGUUAGCACCACCUGUGAAGCGCAUUAUGUCGGCCCCACGUGAGCUUUUUGCACCUGUCAGUGAAGCAUCAGAUUCCUCCAGCGGCAUUGCUCUGUGGCUUGUGGAGAUCUGCGAAUUGACCAAGUCUCUUGUUUUUCUCCUUCUCUUUCCUUUUCUAGGUGCUAACUUAAAAUUCCCCAGACUAUAAAAUAAAAUGGCUUCUGUACCAGAUAUUUCCCUUUUCCCCCUGCAGAUCCACUCUCUACCCUUCUCCAUCCUUCUCUUGCCCUGCCAGGCUGAUCUGUAGGGACCACAUCAGUGGGUUCCAUUGUCCUCUGAUUUCCACUUGAGCUCUGCCCAUGGGAAGGUCCGCAGAGGAUCUGUGGAGCUGGGAGAAGUAGACUAGGGUAUUUAAUCUCCUGGAUCCCUCUCCACCUGGUCAUAUCUGACCAGCUGCUAUCCUCGACUGGAAGUCCGGCCAUAGGCACCAGUGGCUCUCAGAUCUGCACAGUAAACUAGCUCCUGUGUAGGAGACUCUUCACGCCAGGUCUGUGCUGUGUCUGCAGCACAACUUUUGACGGUUUCCAGGGAUCGAAACUUGACCUGGGGGGUUUCAUUUUUCAAAAAUGCCCCAAUCUGGUGAUUAGGGUAAGUGGACAAGCUGUAAGAGGUAGCCAUAAAAUAAAGAGACUAAUUCUCUUUUAGGGUUCCCAACUCCAAAGUCAAUGCCACCUGAAGAGUUCCAGAUAUAUUGUGAGAAGAGGGAAAGGUGUUAGAAUGAGCACCUUAGCUCAAAGGGGGCAAAUUUAACUGACAGUAAAUUUGACCAAAAAAAGGAAAAGCUUGUUACAAUUAAGGAAUAGUUGAAUAUGGAUGCGUAGUCUCUGAUAUGUUUCUUAAAACAUUGGUCUUGUUUACAAUAGGUCUACAUUUAUAGAAAAAUUUAAAGGAAUCAAAUAUUUAAAGGAUCUAAUUUGGGAAAUAGCAAGAAAGUAUUUCCUCCUGUGGGAAUAAUAGUCCAAUUGCUUUCUUUGAUACCUGAAAUUCAAGAGUUUUAUUUACGUAUCUUUUUUUAUCCAUUUAUCUAUAUUUUCAAAUUUAUUGGCAUAAUUUUAUUCAUAGAAUUCUCUUAAAAGUUUUAAAUUUUCCUUGAAUAUAUAGUUGUAUUCCUUUUUUUAAUGCCCAGUAUUUUUAUUGUGUUCACUCUCCUUUUUAUUUUGAUCAGUAUUAGGAGAACUUUAUUAGUCAUUCCGAAGAAUCAGCUUUAGUUUUCAAAUUUUGAUGUUCACGCAUUUGUGCUCUUUUCUGUUUCAUUAAUUUCUGUUCCCAUCUUUAUUGUUUCCUUUCUUCUACGUUCUUUGGUUUUACUCUGUUGUUCUUUUUUCUAACUCUUUAUUUUCAAAUAUAUGUAUUUAAGAUUAUGAAUUUCCCGCUAAAUACUGCUGUAGCUUAGUCCAAAAGUUUUGAUUGUGUUUGUUGUUAUUCAGUUCCAAGUAUAGUUUUAUUCAUUAAAGGAAUUACAAACUCCUCUGAUUUCUAAUAAAAUGUGAAUUCCCUCUA